AUGGGGGAGACCAAGAUUAUCUACCACCUCGACGACCAGGAGACGCCGUAUCUGGUGAAGCUGUCGGUGCCGGCGGACAAAGUCACUCUGGCAGACUUCAAAAAUGUCCUAAAGAAGCCAAAUUACAAAUUCUUCUUCAAAUCUAUGGACGAUGACUUCGGGGUGGUAAAAGAAGAAAUAUCAGACGACAAUGCUAAGCUGCCAUGUUUCAACGGGCGUGUGGUGUCAUGGUUGGUUUCUGGAGAUGGCGCCCACACAGAUGCCGGUUCAGUGGCAGAGAGUUUAGAGCCGGCGCCGCCUUUGGAGAGGACUGGUGGCAUCGGAGACUCAAGACCACCUUCUUAUCAUGGGAAAGCAGCAAGUGGCCGGGACAGUUUGGACAACGACACAGAGACCGGCUCCAUGGCGUCGCAGAGGAGGGAGCGGGAGAGACCACGACGGAAACACUCCAGCGACCACGGCGGGAGGCAGAAUGGGUACUCAUCACGAGCAAUGGGACGCGGCGGCGCCGAGUACGAUAGCUGCUCGUCCUUCAUGAGCAGCGAGCUGGAGUCCACUUCCUGCUUUGAUUCAGAGGAUGACGACGCGACCAGCAGGUUCAGCAGCUCCACUGAGCAGAGCUCUUCUCGUUUAAUGAGGCGACAUCGCCGGCGCAGACGGAAACCUAAGGCCUCCAAUAUGGACAGGUCGUCUUCAUUCAGCAGCAUCACAGAUUCCACUAUGUCUCUGAACAUCAUCACGGUCACUCUCAACAUGGAAAAGUACAACUUCUUGGGAAUCAGCAUUGUGGGUCAGAGUAAUGAACGUGGAGAUGGGGGAAUCUACAUCGGCUCGAUCAUGAAAGGAGGAGCUGUGGCUGCAGAUGGACGCAUAGAACCCGGAGACAUGCUUUUGCAGGUGAAUGAUAUCAACUUCGAGAACAUGAGCAAUGACGACGCAGUUCGAGUUUUGAGGGACAUCGUGCACAAGCCGGGUCCUAUUACUCUGACUGUGGCAAAGUGUUGGGACCCUAACCCUCGGAGCUGCUUUGCUUUACCGAGAAGCGAGCCAAUCCGGCCCAUCGAUCCUGCUGCAUGGGUGUCUCACACGGCAGCCAUGACCGGGGUUUACCCUCCGUAUGGCAUGAGCCCUUCCAUGAGCACCGUCACUUCCACCAGCUCCUCCAUCAGCAGCUCCAUCCCUGAGACCGAGCGAUUCGAUGAUUUCCACCUCUCGAUCCAUAGCGAAAUGGCAACGGUUGCUAAGGCUAUGGCUUGUCCAGAGUCUGGUCUGGAGGUACGGGACCGGAUGUGGCUCAAGAUAACCAUCGCAAAUGCUUUUAUUGGCUCUGAUGUGGUGGACUGGCUCUUCCAUCAUGUGGAAGGGUUCUCAGAUCGCCGAGAAGCCCGUAAAUAUGCCAGCAACCUGCUGAAAGCCGGCUACAUCCGACACACUGUCAACAAGAUCACCUUCUCUGAACAGUGCUACUAUGUGUUCGGAGACCUCUGCGGCAACAUGACCCAUCUCUCUCUUCAUGACCACGAUGGGUCCAGUGGGGGCGCUUCAGAUCAGGACACGCUCCCCCCUCUCCCCCACCCUGGAGCAGCCCCCUGGCCCAUGGCUCUGCCCUACCAGUUCCCGAUUCCUCACCCUUAUGACCUCCCGCAGCCCUUCCACGGCGGACCAGCUGUUGGCAGCGCAGGAAGCCAACACAGUGGGAGCAGCGGAUCGAACUGUAGCAAGAACGAGGGUCGGAAAUCUGGAGGCAGCGGCAGCGAGUCUGAAGUCAGAAGCCACCGAGCUCCGAGCGAGCGCUCAGUGGCUCCCCCCAGUGAACGAAGCAUCCGUAGCUCUGUCAGCCACCGCAGUGCCAACUCCCACUCCAUAGCCUACGGGCCCGGCCUAGUUUAUGGCCCCCCCGGUCUGCCCCCCCAGCCCCCACAUCUGUCCACAUCAGCGCCGGGGGCCCCGCCCGGUCGCGAGCUCUCCUCGGUUCCCCCCGAGCUCACUGCGUCACGCCAGUCCCUGCGCAUGGCGGUGGGGAACGCCGGAGAGUUCUUCGUCGACGUGAUGUGACCCAGGUCGCAGGUAGCAGAUCGGACGCUCUCGUGUCACACGGCCAAGAAGGACGGCACGCAAGGACAGGAGGGAGGGAAAGAUCGCAAAAGAGCUGUUAGACAAAACCUCAAUCCCACGAUUCUUCCAGUACCAGAACCGACCCAGCUGUGUAUCCUGAGAGAAAAGCUUCCUCUCUGUGCUUCUCUUCCCAGUAGUGGCCAUACUUUCUUCAGUGAAGAAACCUCCUCGCUCAAGAUGGAACCAAAGCACCUUUCUCAGUUUCUGCUCCACAGUGGGGAAGAGUUUGUGCGAGGACAAAGAAAGUGAGGGAGGCAGUGGAAGCUGUCAGCUGGGGGCCAUGACUCAGCGCUUUUCCACGUGGAUGUUUUUCAUUUGUUCUUCCUUUUUCCCCUCUCUCCUCUGCUUUCUUUAUCUAACUCUGUCCUCCCACAUUCCUAUCCACAUCAUCAAAAACUCAGAGUGAAGUCUCUUCCCUCCUUCUGCUCUAGCAGUUCCUACUUGCUGACCUCUAACAAAA